GCCGGGCGCCCGGGCGGGCCGGCCGGUGGUGCGAGCGUCCCGGGCCCGCGCUCCGCCGCCGGCCGGCCGGCCAUGCUCAUCACGCUGUGCUACCUGUACCUGUGGGCGCGCUGGGGGCGCGGGCCCGCCGCGCUGGUGCGUGCCACGGUGCGGCGGCUGCGCGCCUCGCGCUGCUCCUUCACCUUCUGCCGCGCGGCCGCGCAGCCCCGGGACUCCCGCGUGUGCCUGAGCCGCGGCGGCCGCGUCUUCUGCGUCGGCGAGAGCCAGUCCAUUGAUGAUUUGAACAAAUGGGCCCUGUUUCUGGUUUCUCCGUUUAUACUGGAAGCGGAACACAUAGCGUUUGUGACAGAGAGCAUAUGGGUGCAAGGUGAGAAUUUUCAGAGACCGUCGUCCUCUUCAGAAACCAUUGUGAAGUGGUCGGACUGUUGUUUGCCAUUAGCUUGCAGACCUGGGGAUCCUUAUCAACUAAUUGCCAAAGCAAGUGUGGAUGACUUCAGCAAGCUAGGGGUGGCAUUCCUGGAAGAUAGACUCCAGAUGACUAAUGGACUGAUACCCCAAAAGAUUGUUUCCAUCUACUUGCAGGACUCGGCUCUGAAGGAACUUAAGGAUCAGGCCUCAGACUCGCCUGCCCAGCUCCUACGGCCCGACCCCGAAUCUUCUGUUGUGAGCAAGCCCGAGCCGGAGGCAAUGGAGCACGCUGGCAGAGAGGACCCCCAGGGCCUGGGUUCUGUGCCCACGCUUGGGGGUGAGCCUGCUGGGGAGAGCGACAGAGGCGUGGGCUCCGUUGAGCACUGUCACCUCCAUCUGUCUAGCUGCCACGAGUGUUUGGAGCUUGAGAACAGCACCAUCGAAUCCGUCAAGUUUGCCUCUGCAGAGAACAUUCCAGAUCUUCCCUAUGAUUUCAGCAGCGGUCUGGAGGGUACCUCUGAUGACCUCUGUCCUGAUAAAGAACAGAGGAGGGUCAAUGUCACGGGAAAGGCACCCAACAUCCUUCUGUAUGUGGGCUCCGACUCCCAGCACGCCCUGGGCCGGCUCCAGGAGGUCCAGUUGGCUCUGGCCGACUGCGUGGACACCGACUGUUAUGUUCUCUACCACCUGCCGCUGGAAAGUGCUCUCAGGGACCCAUGGUCCGACAACUGCCUGUUGCUGGUCAUUGCCGCCAGGGAGUCCAUCCCGGAGGACCUGUCCCGGAAGUUCAUGGCCUAUAUUUCUCAGGGAGGGAAGGUGCUGGGGCUGUCUUCGUCCUUCACGCUUGCUGGCUUCCACGUGGCCAGCAAGGCCGAGCUGCAGGACACGGUCCAGAGCUUGGUUUUCCGCAAUGCUGACCAGAGCCUGGUGAGGCUUAACGUCCUGGGCAGCGGCUGCAUUUAUGAGGGCGGCCCCAGGAAGCCGCUUGGCCCGGACAAGCUCCAGGGCCACCUGGACAGUGAGGACGAGGACAGGCUGAUUGUGCAAGUGCCUUUCGGAACACGUGGAGGAGAAGCUGUUCUUUGCCAGGUGCACUUGGAACUACCUCCCAGCUCUCCAGUAGUGCAAACGCAAGAGGAUUUUAACCUUCUCAAAUCAAGCAAUUUUAGAAGAUAUGAAGUCCUUAAGGAGAUCCUGACGACGCUUGGCCUAAGCUGCGACGCAAAACAGAUUCCUGCCUUAACGCCUCUUUACUUGCUGUCGGCUGAGGAAAUCCGGGAUCCUCUUAUGCAGUGGCUGGGGAAGCAUGUGGAUCCUGAAGGAGUAAUAAAAUCUAACAAGCUCUCCCUGAAAUUCGUUUCAUCCUACGCACCUGAAAUGGAAAUCACCCCAUCUGCCGUACCUGUGGUGACCGACAUGGAGGCCUUCUCAUCAGAACAUUUUAACUUCGAGAUCUACCUACAAAAUUUGCAGACAAAGAAACUUGGAAAAAUAAUUCUGUUUGCUGAAGUGACACCCACCACAAUGAAUAUUCUGGACGGGUUGAUGUUUGAGAUGCCGCAGGAAAUGGGUUUAAUCGCCAUCGCAGUCCGCCAGACACAGGGCAAAGGGCGGGGAAGGAAUGCUUGGCUGAGCCCCGUGGGAUGCGCUCUUUCCACCCUGCUUGUCUCCAUCCCACUGAGAUCCCAGCUGGGACAGAGGAUUCCGUUCGUCCAGCAUCUGAUGUCCCUGGCUGUCGUGGAGGCAGUAAGGUCCAUCCCUGGGUACCAGGAUAUCAACUUACGAGUGAAGUGGCCCAACGAUAUUUAUUACAGUGACCUCAUAAAGCUUGGUGGAGUUCUGGUUAACUCAACACUUAUGGGAGAAACAUUUUAUAUACUUAUUGGCUGUGGAUUUAACGUGACUAACAGCAACCCUACCAUAUGCAUCAACGAUCUCAUCAUAGAACACAACAAACACCACGGGGCAGACCUGAAGCCCUUAAGAGCUGAUUAUCUCAUUGCCAGAACCGUGACUGUGCUGGAGAAGCUGAUCGACACAUUUCAGGAUGAAGGGCCCAAUGGCGUUCUUCCUCUCUAUUAUAAAUAUUGGGUGCACAGUGCUCAGCAAGUCCGCCUGGGAAGCACUGAGGGACCGAAGGUGUGGAUCGUCGGCCUAGACGAUUCCGGGUUCCUUCUGGUUCACCCGGAAAACGGCGACGUGGUGACUGUGCAUCCAGACGGCAACUCCUUCGACAUGCUGAGAAACCUCAUCGUCCCCAAGCAGCAGUAGUCCCGCCCCUCGGAGCCGAGCUGGGCCGAGCUGGGCCAGACGGAAGGGCAGAACCACCGCAGGAGCAUUCCACUUCGAUUUCUGCCGCCUUUCCUAGUCAUGAUCUGGAAAACUAAUUCAGAGCUGUAGGCGAAUUUUUUCUCCUUCCACUUAACCUGUUAAUUCUUUACUUUUGUUCUGUUGUCAUUUUAUUUGGUGUUUGGGGUGGAGGGUUGACCAGUGGAAGAUUCAGUUCAGGUGAAAGCCCUGCCCCACGUGUGAAACUGCUCUCCCCUCUUGUAACUGGCUGUAUCUUAAUUGGGGGGGGGGGGGUUUACACGGAAACAGCAAUGGAAUAGUUCAGAUGUUUUCCCAGUAGUGGAGAUCUUUACCCCUAGACUAUUAAAAACAAAUUAAAAAAAAAAAAAGCUUUCAGGCCCAGGCCAUUGGUGAGUUAGAGGUAUGCUAACACUGUUUACAAGUAUCCAGGGAGGUGUUUUCCUACAGGAACAUAUAUUGGCACUUAGUCAUCACUUUAUUUUUUGGUAGUGGAGAAAAGAGAAGGCAGUUACCCUCAGCCUGGUGGUUUGUGGUCCAAUAACAAUGUCUGCAUGGCUACAGAGGGACAUCUAGCUGGUAUAGUUGCAGUGACCUUGUAGAGGAAAUCAGUUAAUUACUUUGACAUUAAUUAAUGAGCUCUCCUUUCAUAAGUUUAAAUUUACUGCAUAUUCUGAAGUGAUGGGAUCAAGUUCAAGAUCCUUAAAGCUUUGAUUAGGCAAUAGCUUGGAUGUGAGGGUGGAUGAUUUGGCUCUAACAGCUGGAGAUGAAGUCUCACUCUCAUACCACACGCAGAGGAGGAUUUGGAGCUUUUAAGCCAGCUUCAGGCUCACUUUGAAAUGUGGAGCAUUCCUGCAGGACUGUGCAGUGCUCAGAAUAUAGAAAUACAUGGCAUUUUAUUUGUAAGUCACAUUUUUUUUUGCCCCCUUUUCAUAUUGCCAAAAAAGAAAAUGUUAUUGCUAGUGAAUACCGUUAGUUGAGAGGACGGGUGAGUGUGAGUGUAGGUGGGUGUGAGAGAGAGAGAGUGUGUGUGUGUGUGAGAGAGAGAGAGAGAGACUUUAAAAGAUGUUCAAAAUCUGAUGCCCUAAGAGUCUCCAUGGAAGAACAAAAGAAAGGAAGCCUUUUGAUAUACAUUUGCUAUUUCCAGAUGUAUUCCAUGCUUUUUCCAUGUAACUCCUAUCUCUGUUGAACUUGAGAAUCAUACACAUUACUUUUCAGCCUGAAAAGGCCAAUUUUUGUUCACUUUUCUCUCUUUCUGCCAAUCCCAACUGAAAUUGGUGGAAAGAAAACUUGAGGAGGCUCUCAGCUUUGAACAGAAUCCCCUUAUGGUGCACUAGCACCAUCUUCAUCCAGCUUUACCCAGUCAGGCUAACUCCAGAAACUUGUGGUUUUCAGUAUAAAAUCUGUCUACCUUUAGCCAGGCACCGGCAGCCCCAUAGGAAGGAAAAAAAUAACAUGUUUAGUUAAGUACACUAACCCAAUAUGUGUGCUUUGGAACUGUAACUUGAAAAGAACUUCAGAAGUAAUUUUUGCAAAUAAGGCUUCAAUUAGAAUUAUUUUUCUUAAAAAAAAAAAAUCACUCUCUCCUAAAUGCCCAAGUCUAAAUGAAAGUUUAAAGUCCACAGUACCCCAAAAUUACAAAAUGGACUCACCCUUGAGAGGGCAUCUGCAAAAUAUCAUCAAGAAGAAAGAUCUCAGGCAAAUGUUGCAAGUUUCAUUUCUCAAACUUUGUAAUAUAAGGCAAGUCAUCUCUCAGAACUGCCAUCAUUACUUUUUGAAUUUCUUUGGGGGGUUAUUUAAUGAAAAACAUGCUAUGAUUUGUUUUAAGCUGAAGUCCUAUUCAGACAGUCUGCUUUGGGGGAAAAAUGUUAUCAUUUAAUUUCCUUUUGGUAAAUUAAAACUAAUGAAGUGUGGCCAUGUCAAAGCAGAUGGAGAUGUUCUGGGCAUAUCGCUUUGCCUCUGUGCUUUUAAGACUUGUGCCGACACACAGUUGUCUUGAGGGAGACAACAUAGACUUGGAGCAGAUGCUGUGUUUUUCAUAAACCUGAUUUUGCCUCAGAUGAACCAAAGACUUUUGAAAUUCUGCUUCAUAUAGAACAGCUGAAUAAAGGCAUUUUACUUACAGCUGUUAGCAUUAGGGAAACUUGCUGCACUGCACUCAUCCAUUUGGGGCGUUUAUGCUCCCAGCAAUCUGUGAUCUCAAGGAGCUUUAAAGUCUUAACGACAAGUUUGCAUUUUCUUCUUAAUCUUAAAAACACAGCACCUAAACUCAGGAUCGGCGUGUGCUUUUAGGAUAUUUGAAUUGUGCCCCAGGCUGUGCAUUGAGCAUCUGCCAGGUUAUAUAAAGGGCAAGACAUCAUCUCCUCUGGGCUGGUAGCAAAUUUCAGAGGAACUCUUGAGGAAAUGCCCUCUAAAACAGGACACAGCAAGGCUCCCCAUGCACCCCACCUCCCCCAAGCAGUGCUCCUUGGCACUGUUCAUCCUGGCAGCAUUUACAGUGCGGGGGGCAAAGUCAGAAGGAUUUGUGUCCGGUGUGGGGUUUGCUGCUGCAGCACACUGACUGCUUGACCUGGGAGCAAGUGCCCCAAGGAUGGGGUGGGUGCACAGGCCCAGACCCAGGGGAGCAUGUAGCCUCCACCUCCAGCCCUACACUCACACACACACAGGGAGGACUACUUUGUCACCCCUCACGCUAGAGUCUGGGAACCAGGAGAGAAGCCUCACCCAACAGUUUCAGAAUGCACAAAUAACGGAGACGUUUAAGGCUACAUUCUAUAGAUCUGUUUGCUCUCAACAGGCAAAGAAUGGAGAAUCGGUAUUCCUGGGUAACUAUGCAUAUUUGAAAUAAAAGAAAGUGUUAAAAGUCUGCAUUUUUAGCUUUUCAAAGAAUCAUCUAUGAAAAGGAAUUACUUUAAACCAAUGCCUAUAAAAAGCAAGUCUACCAAAAUAAACUUUAAGACUUUCUAUAGA